CGUUGAAGGGCACUUUCUUCCUCAACAUUAUUUUAUUUCUCCUAUCUGUAUCUCCGCUUUCUCCCGCCUCCAUUACUGAUAAAGCCAAAAAACCCUAAACCCUAAUUUCCAAACACAUAUGGGCCGUCGAAAGAACAACGCUAACAGCAACAGCUCCGCGAGCUUCCCAACAUCCCAGCAGCCUCAGGGCUCAAAGAUCCGUUUCCAGGACGCAGAGGAGGUAGAGCCGGCCAUGGACACUUCUAAUCUCGACGUCUCUAAUACUGUUCCUAGCGACAAAGCCAUUGCUAUGGAUGAUGACUCUAUGUCCGAAGCUGACGCUACUUUUACCGGUCCCAAUCAUGGCGACGACGACCAAACCAGCGCCGAUUACUACUUCGAUUCCUACUCUCACUUUGGCAUUCACGAAGAAAUGCUGAAGGAUGUGGUGAGGACUAAGACAUACCAAAAUGUCAUUUAUCAGAAUAAGUUUCUCUUCAAGAACAAAGUCGUGCUUGAUGUUGGUGCCGGCACUGGAAUUUUGUCCUUGUUCUGUGCCAAAGCUGGAGCAGCCCAUGUUUAUGCGGUUGAGUGCUCAAACAUGGCUAACAUGGCGAAGGAAAUUGUUGAAUCUAACGGCAUGUCAGAUGUCGUAACGGUUUUAAAGGGAAAGAUUGAAGAGAUUGAGCUCCCAGUUAAGAAAGUGGAUGUUAUUGUUUCAGAGUGGAUGGGAUACUUUCUCUUGUUUGAGAACAUGUUGAAUACUGUAUUGUAUGCGCGUGAUAAAUGGCUUGUCAAUGAUGGCAUUGUGCUACCCGACAAAGCUUCCCUCUUUUUGACUGCCAUUGAGGAUGCAGAUUACAAAGAUGAUAAGAUUGAAUUUUGGAAUAAUGUAUAUGGCUUUGACAUGAGCUGCAUUAAGAGGCAAGCAAUCGCAGAACCUUUAGUUGACACCUGUGAUCAGAAUCAAAUUGUUACAAACUCCCAACUACUCAAGACGAUGGACAUCUCCAAGAUGACUUCUGGUGAUUGCUCGUUCACUGCUCCCUUCAAGCUGGUGGCAGAGCGCAACGAUUUCAUCCACGCAUUGGUUGCCUACUUUGAUGUAUCAUUCACCAAAUGCCAUAAAAUGAUGGGGUUCUCCACAGGCCCAAGAUCGAGGGCUACACAUUGGAAACAGACGGUGCUGUACUUGGAAGACGUAUUAACAAUAUGCGAAGGCGAAGUGCUCAGUGGAAGCAUGACGGUUGCCCAAAACAAGAAGAAUCCUAGAGACGUCGAUAUAACCGUCAAAUAUUCACUGAAUGGCAAGCGCUGUGUCGUCUCGAGAACUCAGCACUAUAGGAUGCGAUGAUGAUGAUGAUGAUGGUGGUGGUGGUGAUCGAGCUCUCAUCUCAUCAACUGCUUUGCUUCUCGUUAAAGGAUGAAGAAGAGCCAGUACUACUCUGAUUGUAUUGAUUUCAAUCAAUCAGCAUGGAUUGUUAAAUUGUAACCUGCAUACAUUCUCAAAAUUUUGGUAUUGUAUUGAAUGAUUUUUUAUACCUAUUCGAUGGUUUCUGGGAAGCAACUGUGGCUGCUAUGCAAUCUUUGAUUCCCUCGACAGGUCACUGGAUUGUGUGGUGUUCGAAACUGAAGUUCUGGUUGGAUCCGUUAGUCGUUGGGCUUUUUAGUUAAACAUGGGCUUGGGCCAGUAAAUUGUUUUACUGGUC